GCGCGCGGAGCCCUGAGACUCUCAAUUGUCUGUUUCAGAUUGACACAGACCAUGAUGCUCCUGCUGCCGAUACUGAACCUGAGCUUGCAACUUCAUCAUGUGGCAGCUUUAUUCACGGUGACAGCCCCUAAAGAAGUGUACACGGUAGACUUCGGCAGCAGUGUGAGCCUGGAGUGCAAUUUUGACCGCAGAGAAUGCACUGAACUGGAAGGGCUAAGAGCCAGUUUGCAGAAGGUAGAAAACGAUACUUCUCCGCAAAGUGAAAGAGCCACCCUGCUGGAGGAGCAGCUGCCCCUGGGAAAGGCUUUGUUCCACAUCCCCAGUGUCCAAGUGAGAGAUUCCGGGCAGUACCGUUGCCUGGUCAUCUGCGGGGCCGCCUGGGACUACAAGUACCUGACAGUGAAAGUCAAAGCUUCUUACAUGAGGAUAGACACUAGGAUCCUGGAGGUUCCAGGGACAGAGGAGGUGCAGCUCACCUGCCAGGCUAGAGGUUAUCCCCUAGCAGAAGUGUCCUGGCAAAAUGUCAGUGUUCCUGCCAACACCAGCCACAUCAGGACCCCUGAAGGCCUCUACCAGGUCACCAGUGUUCUGCGCCUAAAGCCACAGCCUAACAGAAACUUCAGCUGCAUGUUCUGGAAUGCUCACAUGAAGGAGCUGACUUCAGCCAUCAUUGACCCAAGUGGGAUGGAACCCAAAGUCCCCAGAUCUUGGCCACUUCAUGCUUUCAUCCCAGCCUGCGCCGUCACUUUGAUCUUCCUAACAAUAGUGAUAGUGCAGAGAAAGAGGAUCUGGGGGAAGCUGUAUGACAGAAAAAGAUUAGUGCAGCUCCCAGAUGCCAUCAUGAAGUUUCUUUGUGCAGUGGACUGUGGUUAG